AUGCAAAUAUUUGACAUCAAACCGACAAGUUUCAAGGUCUCCUGGGGGCCGCCGCAAAUCCCGAGUGAAUCUUCAUUUGUUGAAUAUCAGUACUUUGCCACGGCCACUGAUGGUGAAAUCACAUCAAACUGCACGACACGUUAUGACGUACAUUGCAUUAUCAAUGGCUUGCGUCCGGACACUCUGUACAAUGUUACGGGUGUGUCAUGCGACUUGGAGAAAGAAGAGUGCAGCCCGCUCCUCUCCGCACCGAUUACAGCCAGAACUCAGCCAGCAGCUCCCAAACACAUCCAGGCUACCGUGUUAACAGCGACCAGUGUCAAUGUAUCCUGGGCGCCAUCACCGACCCCGGAUGACAGCGGAUCCGGCAAACGUCGCGUUAUUGUAACCGCGACGGGUGGUGAAUCAAUAUCUCGUUGCACAACAUUUGACGAAACACAUUGUAGGCUCACUGGCCUGAACCCGGACACCAGGUAUAGUAUCACGGUAGUGGCCUGCUCAGCAGUGACAAGUGAAUGCAGUACGUCCAUGGAAGCACCCAUCUUCGUCACGACGCAGGCAAUAGUUUAG